AUGGCGGAGAAGGAAGAAUUCGCCGGCGUUCACAUGGACGAGGACGUUGAAGCAACCAAGGAGCAUCUGUCUGAUAUCCGCGAUGGAUCAUUGGGACACAUUGACGCUGCUCGAUCUAGGGCAUUGGUUCGGAAGCAAGACUUGAGGAUCAUUCCAAUCACGGCAGGAAUCUAUCUCCUGUGCUACCUUGACAGGUCAAACAUUGGAAAUGCAAAGGUCUUGAACUCGUCCACAGGCAAUGACCUCUUGACGGAGACGCACAUGACCAACUACCAGUACACAAUCGCGCUCAUGGUUUUCCUUAUUGCCUAUGCGAUUUUUGAAGUUCCGUCCAACUAUUUCCUCAAGAAGCUGAAGCCGAGCCGCUGGAUUGCCUUCCUCAUGUUUUCCUGGGGAGCCAUCACGAUGGGCAUUGCUGGGACACAGAACCACGCGUCAGUAACGGCGGUGCGAUUCCUCCUGGGAGUUGUUGAAGCAGGGUUGUUCCCCGGCUUGGUCUACUACUUGACAUUCUGGUACCGCGUAGAUGAACGAUCGAUUCGAGUUGCUGCCAUUCUGGCAUCUGCCACGCUGGCCGGCGCGUUCGGUGGCGCGAUUGCCUUUGGUGUCGGUCAUAUGAACCAAGUGAGCGGCAUCUCUGCUUGGCGAUGGCUCUUCAUCAUCGAGGGAGCUCCAUCCGUGGCUUCUUCCCUCUUGGUAUGGUUCUUCCUCCCGGAUUACCCCGAGACAGUAUCGUGGCUAUCGACCGAGGAGAAAGACUUUGCGGCUUUGCGGCUCUCUGACCAGGGUUCUCAUGGAUCCGGCAAACCUCUAACGUGGGCGGAAGCCAAGUCCACACUCUUUGAAUGGAGACUUUGGGCCCAUUACUUUAUCUACUUUGGCAUUUCUACCCCAUUCUCUAGUUUGUCGCUCUUCACGCCGUCCAUUGUUGCUGGAUUAGGAUUUACCGAUCUCAAGGCCCAGCUCAUGACUGUGCCCCCCUACGCAGCAGCUUACGUUGUGACCUUGCUCGCUUCAUGGUCUGGCGACCACUUCAACAAACGUGCUUUGCAUUCUGCCGCAUUUUCCCUCCUUGGAGCUGUAGGUUUCAUUGCUUCGGCUACACUUCCAGCCGAUCACUUUGCAUCUCGCUACGGCUGCCUCAUUAUCGCAACUUGCGGUUCAUUUGCCUGUAUCCCCCCGUUGUUGGGCUGGCUCUCCUCAAAUUUGUAUUCAACUGCCGCAAUUGGCCUGGCUAUUGCGCUCAACAUUUCCAUGGGGGCGCCGGGCCAGAUUGUCGGCGUGUGGAUCUACAAGGCCGACGAAGCGAAGAAGGGAUAUCCCACCGGACACUGGACCAAUGCAGGCUUGCUGCUCUUUGUCUCGGCUUCUUGUGUCUGCAUGCACUGCUACUAUGUGUGGCGCAACCGGAACGGCGGAGCAGGGAACGGCGUCUUCUUCAAUGGCCCUGUUCAGACCAUCUCGGCCAAGGACGACAUCGUUUUUCUCCGAAAUCAUCGGCCAGGUCCCUCCGAAGGUCCCAGCGACAAUGUCAGGCCAGGUGAGAUGAGCGUCGAUGCAUCCCAGAUUCAGGCGUGCGACCGCUGCCAUCGGCGCAAGACCAGGUGCGAUAAGACACGGCCGGAAUGCAGUCCUUGCAAGAAGUCAAGGUCUGCGUGUGUCUAUUCUGAGAGGGUCAAAGAGCCCACAUUCCCGCGAAGUCAUGUCCAGACUCUUGAGCGCCGAAUCCAGCAGCUUGAGGCGGCCAACAAGGCACUUACAUCGGCCAACAAGGCCCAUAGAAUGGUCGCCCACAGAGCGGCAGGAGAUGCGGAAGAUCGAUCCAGCUCGCGGUCUUCUGUCGCCAGCGAUAACGAAGUUGCGAAUGAGGUGACCUUUCUUUCUACCAGUGUUGGCGGUGAUAGCCUUUUCCUAGGGCCGACGAGUGGCAUCAUUCUUGCCAGUCUGGUGAGAGCCGGCGUCGCGGUCGAUGUUGAAAGAGACGCACCAGCCUCAUCGGUAUCUUCUGUGCCUCCUCGCCGGAGUCCCGGAAGGACAGAUUGGGACACCGGGGAUCGUUCUCUUCCGGCGGAACAGCUUGCUCGAAGUCUCAUCGAAGCAUAUCUGGCCCACGAUCAUCUUAGCUACCCCUUUUUACAUCCGCGGGCGGUCAGGGCCGUUGUGGAUGGCAUCUAUAGCGAUGCCAGCUUUGAAAAGACGCACCCCUUUGAGAUGUUCAUGUUCCACAUGAUCCUGGCCAUCGCCACAUCUCAAGUAUACAAGUUCAACUGGAGGGUCUUACCGGAUGCAGAAACGCAUCUUCAAAAGGCCACCGACUAUCUCAAUGCCGUGCUGUUUGAGGGCGGACUACGGGCUUUGCAAGCCAUGCUACUGCUCUGCCAGUUCCGACUGAGCAAUUCAACAAAUCAUGCUUCUGAUAGUCUCUGGCACAUUGUUGGUAUUGCGGUGCGCAUGUGUUUCGAGCUUGGUUUGCAUCGCGAGGCCACGUACCGGACAGCUGGCCCGAGACGUGAUGCUGCCGAUGUGUCUUUUUUAUCGCCUAAAUAUGAGGAAAACGAAGUUCGUCGAAGGUGUUUCUGGAGCGUCUAUGCUCUCGACAGAGUCAUAUCCGUAACACUAGGACGCCCGUUGGCUAUCUGUAUUGAAGAUAUCGAUGUCGAACUCCCGACCGAUGACUUUGAAGAAACAGCGAGCGUGGCUACUCUGAGUCCUGGAAGUGACCGGGACUCCUCACAAAUCCCAUCUCGAUAUCGCACGGCCAUCUUUGUUCAUAUCGUGCGCUAUCGUGAUAUCUGCGGCCGGUGCCUCACUUCACUGCAUCGCGGCGUCAAAGGUGGUAUUCAAUCUUCGGCAGAUUUUUACCAGAAACGUGAUCAACUUGCUACCGAACUGAACGCAUGGCGAGCAGAAACAAAUUGUCUCAACACUCCGGAUAUGGACUUGUCGACUCCCCUUGCCGAGGCCCGAUCUAGCUUUCGAUCAAAAGCUUGGUAUGAGCUGCUAUACCACAAUGGUGUUCUCCUCCUCUACCGUCCGUCAGCUUUUACAGUCUCGGAUGGACGAGAUGGAUCUAAUUUACAGCAUGUUUUUUCAGCAGCAAGGCAGUCGAUUACACUCUACGCUUACCUGUUCCGAUCGCGCAAGAUCAAUUUCUCUUGGAUGGUGCUUCAUGCGGUUUUCAUGGCCGGAAUAUCCUACAUAUAUGCCUUGAGUCGACAUUUCCGAGAAAAGAGACGUCGUCGUAAUGGCGGAGAGGGCGAUGGAAAUUUAUUCCAGCUGCUUCAGGAGCCGACCAUUGUUGAGAUUGUCAACGACUGUCGAGCGUGCUCAAACGUCAUUGUUGGCGUUUCCGAGAGGUGUAAUUCACAAAAGAAUUGCCAUGAAGUAUUUGACCGCCUCAGCGAUGCUCUCGUCGAGGACGCUGUGGAAGCACUUUCACAUACUCGCCAAUCUAGCUCUUUAGCCGCUCCGCAAGACAACCAUUCGGCAAUGACAGCUAUGCAAUCUUCAAACCGAACUCCAAGCAAUGAUAUCAAUGUGCAAAAUAGUCUUGUCUCUGAGGCUACCUUGGCGGGAGUCGGAUCUAACAAUGGCAGAUAUCACUCUCGAGAGACGGCUUUUACGGGGCUUAGUGACAAUAGCUUACAAGAAGACAGUGGAAGGCAGGCGUUCAGCCUCGGGACGCCUCUGGCAGCCGAUAAUGCUCUCCGAGACUGCCUACCUGAGCUCCAAAGGAUGUAUAAUAUGCCAUGGGGAGAUGAUGCUAUCUUGCAGCUUAGCAAUGAUUGGUUGGGCGAAAUUGGGGGCUAUGACAGAUUCAUGGGUAAUGAAUGGGGCAUGGAUCAAUGA